AUGGCUGCCAUCCAAGCCCAGCUCGACAGCGGCGCCGUGCCGAACCACAUCUCCAACGUCUGCCCAAAGGGAACCAAGUUUUGGAUGUUGGAAGUUGGCUGGCUCGAAGCAGAUGAAGGCUUCGUGGUAAGAGGCGGGAACACCUCGCUCUGGUCCACCAAAGAUGCCGCCUUCGUGAACAAGCGCCGCCAACUGCCCAUGUACUGCAUCCUCAUCGACCACCCAAUCGAAGGCGUCAUACUCUGGGAGACGGGCUGUGGGAAGGACUACCCAACAGUCUGGGGACCACAGGUGUCCGAAAUCUUCACUCGUAUCAAGUACGAGCCAUGGCAUGAGUUGGAUGCUGCUAUCGAAGCCACCGGACACAAGCUGGAAGAUGUGAAGAAGAUAAUCAUAGGCCACUUGCAUCUUGAUCAUGCUGGUGGGUUGGACAUGUUCCUCGAUAGGAAGGACAUUGAGAUCUGGGUGCAUGACACGGAGUUGAAGUCUGCUUUCUGGAGUGUCGCAACAGGCGCUGAUGUCGGAGUCUAUCUCAAGCACUACUUGAAGCUCGAUCUCAACUGGAAGACCUUCGACGAGCGAACUCUAGACUUCUGUCAAGGCAUAACCCUCCAUCAUCUCCCAGGCCACACCGACGGCCUCAUUGGAAUGCAAAUCAACAUGCCAGAAAGCGGCACCUUUCUCUUCGUCAGCGACCACUGCCAUGUGAUCGAGAACUGGCGAGAUGGUAUUCCUCAAGGCUGGCUAGCCAGAGAUCACCCUGCCUGGUUCCGCAGCACCCAACGCCUCAAACAACUCGUCCGUCAAACCCGCGGUCGAGUGAUUCCAGGCCACGACGAAGGAACGUUUCUAGAACUGCAAGGUCAACAGAAGAAGAACGGCGGAUACUUUACGUGA